AUGAAAGUUCCUUGGAAGGCCUUCUCGUCCUUCCAAUUCACAUUGUUUCUAUUGUUGUUUCUCUUAGCUUCUUGUUGGAAUUUUGAGGUAAGUUAUGGACAAGCACAAGACGAUUACAACAGCGGCGGCGGCGGCGACGACAGCGAAAAGACGACAAAGAGACCGAAGGAGCUCGAUAACUGUAACGGAGUCUUCUUGACGUAUAACUUUCAAGGUCGGACGAAGGAGUUUCCUCAUGUGAAGAACGUCUCGAAGCAGGCUUGGGCGUUUGAGGCAGACGCGUCGUUGACGAACGUCGGCGACGAGGAGGUGGUGGGGUGGAAUAUGUUCGUUGGGUUCCAGCACAAUGAGAUUUUGGUGUCGGCGGAUGGCGCGGUGCUCCUCGACGCCGGCGACUUCCCGGCGAACGUGAGCAAUGGGACGACGUUGGCCGGCAGCACCAUGACGGACUUGAAGACGGCCAUUGAUACAGCGAACGAUUUUGAUCAAAUGUCGGUAAAUGUUAAGUUCAAAGGGACUAUGUUUGGCUCCAAAACAGGAACCACUCCUAUGCCCAAGACCAUUAAACUGGUUAACGAUGGCUUCAAAUGCCCCGCUGCUACUCGACGACAGUCGAACAUGUUUGUGUGCUGCAAGAAGGACCCGAAGGCGGUGCUGAAUAAGAGGAGGACCAAAUUCCCUCCGCGACGGUACGGUGACAUAACCAUCGGCUACGACGUCCUUCAGGCCAACAAGAAUAAUUACUACGCUCAGAUCACCGUCGACGCGUGGCACCCACUCGCCCGCCUCGACCACUGGAACAUCUCCUGGGAAUGGCAGAAAGGCGAGUUCAUUAGUUCCAUGAAAGGUGCUUACUCCCACAUGAGAGAUAUCUCCCAGUGUCUCUACGGCACCGCCGGCAAAUUCUAUGGCGACUUUAACUUCAACCAGCAAGGUGUUGACUGCGACAAAACCCCCAUUCUCUCCGACCUCCCCGCCACCCUCAAGGACGACGAGAAGCUCGGCAAACUCCCCUUUUGCUGCCGCAACGGCACACUUUUACCUCCGUCUCUAGACCCGAGCCGAGCUCGAUCCAUCUUCCAGAUCAACGUCAUGAAGAUGCCACCGGAUAACGGCAUGGCCACCGCCAUUACUCCUCCCUCGAAGUGGCACAUUGACGGCGUCGUCAACCCGCAGUACAGGUGUAGCCAGCCCAUCCGGGUUUCCCCACAAGAAUUCCCUGACCCGAGUGGACUUCAGGCCGUCACCCUCGCCGUCGCCAGCUGGCAGGUGGCCUGCAAUAUGACGAAGCCUAAGCCCAGGGAGAAUCGUUGCUGUGUAUCAUUCUCUGCCUAUUACAACGACUCUGUAAUCCCAUGCAAUACCUGUGCAUGUGGGUGUCCCGACACCAGAAAGUGUGAUCCCAACGCCAAAUCGUUACUUCUUCCACCGGAAGCUCUUCUGGUUCCGUUCGUGAACAGAACGGCGAAGGCCAAAGCCUGGGCUGCUUUGAAGCACCAUAGAUUACCCAGAAAGCUUCCUUGCGGAGAUAACUGUCCGGUGAGCAUAAACUGGCACGUCAACUCCGACUCCGUCGCCGGAUGGACGGCGAGGAUGACGAUCUUCAACUGGGACGACGACUCUUUCGAGGACUGGUUUGCGGCAAUCUCGUUCAAGAGGUCGUACCCUAAUUUCGAUAAAGUCUUCUCCUUCAACGGCACGAAGGUGGACAACAUAAGCACAGUGAUUUUCAACGGGUUAAAGGAUAUGAACUACUUGGUGGGAGAGACGAAUGGGACACAUCCGUACGAUCCCAGAGUGCCCGGAAAACAGCAGUCAGUGAUAACGUUUAAGAAGAAGAACAUUAAGAAUUUUGAUAUCAGAAAAGAUGGGUUUCCAACGAAGGUCUACUUCAACGGCGAGGAGUGUGCUAUUCCUCCGUACGUCCCGAUUCACAGCUUAGGGCACCGCCAAACUUCUUCUUCCAUAGUUGCAGCCAUUUUGGUAGCGUUGGUGACAUUCCUGAUGACGACGACGACGAGUUCUGGGGAAAAUCCCUACUACUAG